CCAAACAAAGAAGCAGGCGCCAUGUCUCACCUGUGAACUCAGAGGACGACGAACAGGUCUGCUUCACCUUUGUUAGCUGUGUUUGUGCUGUGAGUUCAUCCCCUGGUCUUUUCAGAAAAGUGACAUCAUGGCAACCAAAACAGCUGAGGAUUUCAAGAAACCAGAAGAUAGCAGCUCUGACAUCAAGGACUCACGUGAACUCAGGAUAAUGCUGUUUGGAAAAAGUGAGAACAAAAAAUCAGCCCUGGAAAAGCUCUUCGUUGGGAAAAAAGAGUCUAAAGGUUUUGGAGGAAAGCAAUCUGGUGCUGCCUCUGGAGAGUGGAACAGGAAACCUCUCACAGUUGUAAAAACUCCCGACAUCUUCAGCCUGCCUGUGGAAGCGCUGUUUAAAGAGAUGAAGAGCUGUGUGAGUCUCUGUCCUCCUGGACCAAAUGUCCUGCUGCUGUUAGUGAAACCUUCUGAUUUCACUGAGGAGAACAGAAAAACUCUGAAUUUGGUUCUGAGCUUGUUUGGUCAAGAUGCUUUUAAUCACUCCAUCGUCAUCCUAACGCAUAAUCACAAAGGGAAUAACUCAGUGGAUAAACUCAUUGAAGAAUCCAAACAAAGGCAUCACUUCAUAAAUUUUGACAGAAAAGACUCCUUCUCAGAUUCCUCAGAGUUGAUGGAAGAAAUGAAUGAGAUAGUGAGUAAAAAUUGGGGGAAAUAUCUAAUGUUAAAAGAGGAGGCUAAACCCAAUCUGAAGUCCAGUCUGAACCUGGUUCUGUGUGGGAGGAGAGGAGCAGGGAAGACGUCAGCAGCCAAGGCCAUUUUAGGUCAGACUGAGCUUCAUUCAGUCUCCAACUCAUCAGAGUGUGUUAAACAUCAGGGAGAGGUGUGUGGACGUUGGGUUUCCCUGGUGGAGCUGCCUGCCUUGUAUGGAAAACCUCAGGAGGCAGUGAUGGAGGAAUCAUUCAAGUGUAUCUCCCUCUGUGAUCCUGAGGGUGUCCACGCCUUCAUCCUGGUCCUACCUGUGGCUGCCAUCACUGAUGAAGACAAGGGAGAGUUAGAGACCAUCCAGAACACAUUCAGCUCUCGAGUCAAUGACUUCACCAUGAUUCUGUUCACUGUGGACUCAGAUCCUACAGAUCCAGCUGCUGAAAAUAUAUUAAGUAUAGACAAAGACAUCCAGAAGCUCCUUCAGACCUUCGGACAAAGACAUGUGGUUCUCAACAUCAAAGACAAACAGCAGAUUACAAAGAUGUUUGAGGUUGUGGACAAAAUUAGUGAGGCCACAAAUAAACCACACUGUUAUACAAAGACAACAUUUCUACAUGCACAGAUGGACAAAGUCUUACAACAAGAUAAAUCCAUACAGAUGCAACAUGAUGAACUUGAGAAGCUGAAGACGAAGAUUAUGACUUGUGAUGAAGUUGAAGGAAAAGACUCAAACACUCUCAGGAUUGUGCUGAUUGGGAAGACCGGCUGUGGAAAGAGCUCUACAGGAAACACCAUUUUAGGAAGGGACGAGUUUACAGCUGCAUCAAGCCAAAUGUCAGUCACACAAUAUUGUAAGAAGGCAGAGGGUGAGGUAGACGGUCGUCCUGUUGUUGUGGUCGACACUCCUGGUCUGUUUGACACAGCUCUGUCAAAUGAAGAAGUUCAAGAAGAGCUGGUGAAAUGUAUCAGCCAGCUGGCUCCAGGACCACAUGUCUUCUUGGUGGUGAUGCAGGUUGGCAGAUUCACAGCAGAGGAGAAGAAUACACUGAGGCUCACUAAAAAAUUCUUUGGGAAGAAUUCAGAAACAUUCACCAUCGUUCUUUUAACCAGAGGAGACGAUCUGGAGCGUCAGGGAGAGUCUAUUGAUGAUUACGUCAAGAAUAAAUGUCAUGAUUACUUUAAGAAGCUGAUCCAUAACUGUGGAGGAAGAUACCAUGUGUUCAAUAACUCUGACAAACAAAACCGCACACAAGUCAGUGAGCUGAUAAAAAAGAUUGACACCAUGGUGAAGGACAAUGGAGGAAGCUUCUACACCAAUGAGAUGCUGCAAGAGGCUGAAGCAGCAAUAAAGAAGGAGACGCUGAGGAUCCUGAAGGAGAAAGAAGAAGAGAUGCAGCAGGAAAAGGAAGCGAUUGAAAGAAAACAUAAGCAAGAAAUGAAAGCAAUGAAAAUAAGAAUGGAACAAGACAGAGAUAAAAUAGAAAAGGAGAGAAAACAGAAAGCUGAAGAACUCGAGGUAAUGAUGGCUAAAAUUAAUGAAGAACAAGAGAAGAAAAAAAAAGAAGAAGAAAUGAGAGAAAAGAAGGAAAUGGAAAAGGACACUGGAGAAGAAACAUAUCGACAACAAUUCAAAGAAGAACUUGAAAAGUUGGACAGACAAAUUCAGUUGGAAAAAGAGGCAAAGAAAAGUGUCGACAGACAGCUGGAAGAGACCAGAGAAGAGAUGCAACGAAAACAAGAAGCCUGGGAGAAAGAACGAAGAGAAGAGCGAGAGAAACAAAGACAAGAAGAUGAAAAGAGACGACAAGAGGAGGAAGAAAGAAUAGAAAAACUGCUGGAAAGUUACAAACAAGAAAAAAUAAAAUAUGAAAACAACAAAUUACAAGAGGAACAAAUAAGAAGAGAAAUGGAAAUAAUAGAGAACAAUCAUCAGAAAACACUGGAGGACCUAAAGAAGAGCUAUGAAAGAAAAGCCAGACAGAAAGCAGAAGAGUUCAACGAAUCCCAAAAGAAACACAUGGACGAAUUAAAUGCUCAGAGGGAAGAACAUGUGAAGGAAAUGAACGACUUAGUGAAACGUGUGACCAAGAAGAGCGAAAACCUGAGAAAGAUCAAACAUCUAGUGGAAAAACAUGAAAAAGAAAUGAGGAAUGCAAAAACUGAGGAAGACAAGGAAGAACUAGAGGAAGAACAUGAAAAACAAUUAAGUGAAUUGUUUCAAAAAAUCUUAAGUGAUGAGGUCAGUGACGCGUCAGCCUGCAGCAUUUUAUGACGAGAAAUGAAUGAUUUCAGUUGUUUUUCUUUCAUUUGUUCUGGGAAAAACAUUUAAAGAGGCACUGAUUUGUUGUUCUGCGUGUUUUAAAUGUUUGGGAUUUCCUCACAACAGAAAAUAAUUCUGAUUGGAUGUCGUCUAAUCUGCCUUAAACACGGUGUCGGACUCCAGUCUCACCAUUAAACCACAAGUCACUAUCCCAACAUUAGCAAUGAUUCUGACUGGUUAAACUUUCUCCUCACUUUGAAUAAGUAUUAGUUACUAAAAGACCCACCUGGAACCAGCAUGUAGUCUCCUGUCUCAGCUCAUUAAUCUGCCACCUGGCAGAGUGGAAGCAAUGGUCAGUGUUUUUCCAGCAAAUAAAUGUUUUUAGCAUAAUUUACUUCAAAAUAGAAACAGAGGAUAAGUUGCAAUGAUGCAGGAAAAACAAAUUAUAGUCAAAUAUGUAAAGAACAGAACAGUUAUCAGGGUGGCUUUGUCAUUCUAAUGUUAUCAUUGUGUGUUUGGUGUGUGUGUUUGUGUGGGCGGGGGUAUUAAAUGUUUGAUCACAAAGAAAGACGACACACAUUUGGUGAUCAGGUACCUUUAUUCUUGUCUUUUUUUGAAGUUAUGAAUCAAAUAAUUUUUCCCGGCCUGAGCUCUGUAAGUACCAGGAUGUUCAUUUAAGUUUGUUAGUUUUGCUCUGUACUGUAAGUUGAAUCAGUCAUUUGAAUCUUUUCUGAUUUGUUGUUUUCUGUAAUGUUUGGUAAAAAUCUGGAGAGUGUGUGAUUUGAUUUCUUGUAUUUUAUCGCGACUAGUUCUAUUUUUAUUGUGUUUAUUUGUUUUGGGUUUUUUCAUACAUUUUGUGUAAUCAGUAAUUAUCGAGUUUUAUUAUAAAAUCUCUCAUUAUUUUUUAUUAAAUAGUCAGGUAUAUGACUGUAAAGUUUAGAUAUUAUUUAUGCCUCUGCAAUAUCUAAAUAUAACAACAUUUACUCAAUUAUCAUUGAAAAUAAUCAGAUACGGUAGAUAAAAUUUGACUUUAUUUUGAUAAAUGACAAAUAUAAAUUCUUUGCUUCAUAAUUAGUGACAUAACUAAGAAUAACAGUAUUUUAUGCAUCUGUUGAUUUUCAAAAGAAUAAAUGAGUGUUUCCCUGUGAUUCGUGUGGAUGGUACUUAAAUGAUGAAACAAAGCAUCUUCAUUCAGA